AUUUGUAUGUUUGAUCUGGGUGUUAUGUGAUUCUAUAUGCUAUGAGUUAUAGAUUGAUUAAUUUAUUGCAUUCAUAAAUUUGUAUGUUUGAUAUAGCUAAGCUCCUGUAAGAUAACCUUAUUAACUGUAGGCUUAUUAUAUGUCUAAGGUUCUAGUAUACUGUUUCCUCCUAGACCCAGAAUUUGCAUCCUACACCCGAGUGUAUGAGUAUAAAUGGGAGGGGAUGUGCCAUGCUCUAGGUAUUCCCGGGUGUAUAGUGAAUGAACUCGUUUCCUCAACCUUGUGACAAUCCUUAGAAUAUGACAUUCUAGUAAUGGUGAUCUUAUCAUCUUUCAAAGUAGCUUACAAGACAGGAUUAUGAUAAAUACAGGGAAUGCUUGGUUUCUAAUAUGCUAGUAAGUGGAAAACAAAGAUAUGUGAGUGUCUCAGUUUUUAGCUUCUAUAUUUGCUGGCUUUUGUUUAUCCUGUUUUGGCCAUUAAGGUCUGUUUGCUUGGAAUUGUGCUCUUUAUUGCCUCAAAUGAAAACACGAGCUCGCUAAUCGCUAUCGAGUUGUUUAUUUCAUAUAAAAUUCCCCUCCCCCCAACCAUUUUUUCAAGUUGUUAGCUUUAGAGAUUUGUUGUCUGAGGGACUCCUAGUCGUGGAGCUAGACCACAUCUGCUAAUUCUCCUUCACUUUGAUGUUCAUUGUUGAGCCUUGUUUGCACAAGGGUAAUUAUCUGCUGAUAUCGUAGAUCCUCUAUUUUUCCAAAUUUUGUCAUUUCUAAUUUCAGCUUUUGUGGAUCUGAUCCAUCUAGUAGAUGUGCCUAUACUAGUCAUGUUAAGAGCAUCAUUUGUAAAUUCAAUUUGAAGUUCCAAUUCAGUACUAAAUUUGACGUUUCUAUUGUAGUGCACUAGUGCACUUCCGAUCCUUUCUUCCUGCUCUGCUAAUCCAAGUUAACUUUCAUGGUGGCAUUGGUCAAAUUAGACAAUUCCACCUCAUGAUAGAACUAGCUAUUGGUAGAAAGUAGUUACAUCAACUCCAAAUUUCGAAGCAAAGUGAUGCUUACCAGGCCUCUUAAACACUAAUAUUGAAUUGUCAAUUUGGAAGUUGGGGUUCGUUUAUGCACCAACAUAAUUAAGUAGAAACCGUUAUGUAUUUUUUCAUCAUUGGAAGUAAGUUAGUCACAAUGAAAUGGAGAUAGUAUCUUUAAUUCCAAAAAAAUGGGUGAUAAUGAGUUCAGUCAAGCUCAAUGCUCAACUCAAUUCAUUAUUGGGAGAGUCGAGCUCUGGAAUCAGACCAAGUUGGUAUCAGGUACUUGCAAGUUGGUUAAAUUUGUUCAUUAUCCAUAUUUUAAUCUAGUAUCUGCAGUCUUAGUAUAAAUAAGGAAAUAGUGAACAGUAGUUCUUGGAGUAUAUGUUGAAAAGUUGUCAUUGUACAAACAAGAAAGGAUUGGCGAACUUUAAUACCAAAUGUGCUAAGAUGUGAUAAUGUUGGGAUACUUCUAUAUCUGAUUUGUUAAGUCAUUUUUACUUUCUAAUGAUCUAGUCGACCUUGACUUAAGAGAUUUGACUGAGUUGAUCCAGAGCAACUAGCGAGUUCGCUUUUCAGUUCUGAUUAGCGUAUGAAUAAACGGCAUGAUUUGAUUUUGACGUUUGUGCUGCAAGGAGAAUAAUUAAAGAUACACACCAAUGCUCUAAAUCUUGCAUUCAAUACAAAACACAUGAAAACAUAAUACUAAUAUAACUGAAAAUGCUUCUCACAGGUAAUACUGCAAAAGAAAUUGUCGACCUCAUCAACAGGAACCGUACUGCCAUAAAACUCCCUGCACUUUAUGACAGUGCCGGGCUUGGGUGCAUGGCCUUGCAGUUUGCGGAAGUAUGCAAGGACAAUUGUACUAGCAGCAAUAGUGUGAGCUGUCGACCCUUGGAAGAUGACUUCACAGAAGUAUAUGCUCCUGAUUGUGGCGUGGAACUUCCUACAAUCAGCACAAUCUCCGGUAAAAUUGUGGGGUGCUGGUCUAAGUAUCUUGCACCAUCAGAGGCGUUCUCACAGGUUAUUGUUCGGGACAGAAACACACUCUCUCUCAUCACUAACAAAACACAUACUGAGGUUGGAGUAGGUGUGGCUUCAACACGUAAGGGCCAUUUCUUCUGGUGUGUGUUGUUAAGUAGUGGCUUCACAAAUUCAAGUUUUAUUCUUGAAGACCAUGGACUAGGAAUUAAACAGAGGCAAGGGUGCUUUAGUGGAACUAAUGUAACUUGCAAUGGAGCAAGUAGUAGUAUGAGUGGCGGCAUAUUUUUAGGUAGUUUGUCAGGUAUUUUCACCUCAAUUUUCCUGCAUAUGAUCUAUAUAAAUGUGGAUAUUCUCAGUUGUCUUUGAGGUUUUGUAUCAAUGAAAGAGUUUCUUGGAAUUGGAAGCA